GAAAGACAAAGAGUACAAAAUUUCUGGAUUAUUUAGGAAGAGCUUCUGGGGAAGGGAAAACUCGGCCCCUGCACUGUAAAGUUCAAGGUACAAGGUGGGGUAUGCCAGACACGCCCUGUUACAGGUCGGGACUGAGGAGUGCUGGGAGAACCUGGAGGCCCAGACAGCUUUGGUGUGUUAAAUAUAUGAAGGUCCACUGACUGUCGGGUCUGAAUCCCAAAAGCCACAAAACAAAACUCUUGUUUCCUCAAAUCUCUCUUUAGUUGCUAAUAUCUUGGACACCCUUCCACUUGUGGGACAGAUUAAUAACCCCAGUGCUCGUUGAGUACCAGGGGUUAUGCAAGUUGUAUACCUUGAUUCCAGGAAGCGGAAGGGAAAGAGACAAAUGAAUGUUGUGAGCUGAGAGCAAGUUGAAGUGAGGACCUGGUCAGCACAGGGUCACCGCCCACGAAAGGGAGGAGCAAGCGGCUGGGCAGUGGUAGGUGGUGUGGUGGGUCCUUCCGGGGGCUGGGCGGGGAGACAGAUGAGAACGCUGUUGGAGGACAGGCACAAGUGCUAGUGAAAUUCAAAUCCCUGUAGAUCUGGAAAAGGUCUGGCUUCAGGCUUGAUGCUUGGGCCGGCAAGUGUGUACCUACACUGUACGUUCAGCCCCGCCUACCCUUACAGAGGUCCUCAAUCACUCAAGAGUACUGGCCAUUCGGAGUCUUCACUGGACCUUCCAAUCAGAAGGGAAAGCGGGCUUUUCCGGGUGCCUAGGUGUAGGAUUCGCUUAGUAGUUAAGCAGUCUUAACUGGUCCUGGCUGCUGUGCUCUCUGUCCUGCCGUUGAAUUCUCUGAGGCAUGUUCAGGCAAGCUCCAAAGUUGCGACAUGGAUGUAUUGACCUAUGAUGAUGUACAUGUGAACUUCACUCGAGAAGAAUGGGCUUUGCUGGAUCCUUCACAGAAGAGUCUCUACAAAGAUGUGAUGCAGGAGACCUACAGGAACCUCACUGCUAUAGGUUACAAUUGGGAAGACCAUACUAUUGAAGAACAUUGUCAAAGUUUCAGAAGACAUGGAAGGCAUGAAAGAUGUCAUACUGGAGAGAAACCCUCUGAAAAUACUCAGUGUGGUAAAGCCUUUGCACAACAUAGUCAUCUCCAAAGACAUAAAAGCACACAUACUGGAGAGAAACUCUAUGAAUGUAAGCCACAUGAUAAAGCCUUUACAUACGAUUCUCAGCUUCAAACUCUUGAAAGAAUUCAUACUGGAGAAAAACCCUACAAAUGCAGUCAAUGUGGUAAAGCCUUUGAACGUCAUUGUAAUCUUGGAAGGCAUAAACUAAUACAUACUGGAAGAAAAUCCAACAAAUACAAUCAGUGUGGUAAAGCCUUUGCCCUACAGAGUCAUCUCAAAACGCAUGGAAUAACACAUACUGGAGAGAAACCUUACAAAUGUGAUCAAUGUGGUAAAGCCUUUGCAUAUCAUAGUUCUCUCCAUGUACAUAAAAGAAUACAUACUGGAGAGAAGCCCUAUGUAUGUGACCAAUGUGGUAAAGCCUUUGCACAACUCAGUCAUCUCCAAGUUCAUGGAAUAACACAUACUGGAGAGAAACCUUACAAGUGUGAUCAAUGUGGCAAAGCCUUUGCACAUCAUAGUUAUCUCCAAGUACAUAAAAGAAUACAUACUGGAGAGAAGCUCUGUGAAUGUGAUCAAUGUGGUAAAGCCUUUUUAUCUCAUAGUUAUCUCCAAGUACAUAAAAGAAUACAUACUGGAGAGAAUCUCUAUGAAUGUGAUCAAUGUGGCAAAGCCUUUACAUCUCAUAGUUAUCUCCAAGUACAUAAAAGAAUACAUACUGGAGAGAAGCUCUAUGAAUGUGAUCAAUGUGGUAAAGCCUUUGCAUCUCAUAGUUAUCUCCAAGUACAUAAAAGAAUACAUACUGGAGAGAAGCCCUAUGUAUGUGAUCAAUGUGGUAAAGCCUUUGCUCGACUCAGUUAUCUCAAAACGCAUGGAAUAACACAUACUGGAGAGAAACCUUACAAGUGUGAUCAAUGUGGUAAAGCCUUUGAACAUCGUUGUAAUCUUGGAAGUCAUAAAUUAAUACAUACUGGAGAGAAACCUUACAAAUGUGAUCAAUGUGGUAAAGCCUUUGCAUCUCAUAGUUAUCUUCAAGUACAUAAAAGAAUACAUACUGGAAAGAAGCUCUGUGAAUGUGAUCAAUGUGGUAAAGCCUUUGCAUCUCAUAGUUAUCUCCAAGUACAUAAAAGAAUACAUACUGGAGAGAAGCUCUAUGAAUGUGAUCAAUGUGGUAAAGCCUUUACAUCUCAUAGUUAUCUCCAAGUACAUAAAAGAAUACAUACCGGAGAGAAUCUCUAUGAAUGUGAUCAGUGUAGUAAAGCCUUUACAUCUCAUAGUUAUCUCCAAGUACAUAAAAGAAUACACACUGGAGAGAAGCCCUAUGUAUGUGAUUGGUGUGGUAAAGCCUUUGCAUAUCAUAGUUAUCUCCAAGUACAUAAAAGAAUACAUACUGGAGAGAAGCCCUAUGUGUGUGGUCAAUGUGGUAAAGACUUUGUAGUUCCGAGUGAGCUUAAGAGACAUAAAAGAACACAUACUGGAGAGAAACCUUACAAAUGUAAUGAAUGUGAUAAGGCCUUUGUAGGUCAGAAUGAUCUUAAAAAACAUAAAAGAACACAUACUGGAGAGAAACCUUACAAAUGUAAUGAAUGUGGUAAAGCCUUUGUAUUCAAUUUUAAUCUCCGAGCACAUAAAGUAAUACAUACUGGAGAGAAAGCUUACAAAUGUAAUGAAUGUGGUAAAGCCUUUGCAUGUAAAACUAGUCUCCGAACACAUAAAGCAAUACAUACUGGAGUGAAACCUUAUGAAUGUAAGCAAUGUGGUAAAGCCUUUGUCGGUCAGAAUGACCUUAAAAGGCAUGAAAGAAUUCAUACUGGAGAGAAACCUUACGAAUGUAAUGAAUGUGGUAAAGCCUUUUCACAAUCAAGCCAACUCCAACUACAUAAAAGAACACAUACAUACUAAAGAGUAACCCUAUGAAUGUAACCAAUGUAGUAAAGCCUUUACUGUGAUAUUCAAAGGCAUGGUGGUUAAAAUAUACUUGGCCCAUGGCAAGUGGCAGUGUUAGGAGGUAUGGCCUUUUUGGAGUAGAUGUGGCCUUUGAGGAUGUAUGUCACUGGCGGCGGGGGGGGGGGGGGCUUUGAGACCCCAUGCAUAAACUCUACCCAGGGCAGAAGAGUCUUCUGGCUGCCUUCUGAUCAAGAUGUAGAACUCUCUCCAGCAUCAUGUCUGCCCUGACAUGACACUGAGAUUCCUUCCACCUUGAUAAUAGACUGAACCUCUGAAUCUGUAUACCCUCCCCCCAAUUAAAUGUCCUUUCUAAGA